AUGGCUGAGGCGGCCGGCAAAAGCAGUAACAGUGGCGGUUUGGGCAGUGGUGGAGUGCGCGUCCCCCAAGAGCCCUCUCUCAAAACCGGUGUGGUGUUGUCAGAUGAGAGGGUGGACUUCCUUCGUGAGCAGGCCUUCUGUGUGCUGCGAGUGAAGACGGAUAAAUGGAAUCGCUUCAUUGGAGCAGAGGAGAACCAGAAGAUCAUACUGGACUUCUUGGAUCACAUCUGGACCAACAGGCUGUUGCUUUUCACUGGACCUGGAGGGACGCUGCAUGCAGGAGAUGCUCAGGUAAGUAAUAUAAACAGGUCACUAACAAAUAUACACAGGUUCAAGGGUCAAGUUUAUUUUGUAAAGGUAUUUAGUUUUAUUUUCAUGUAUCAUAUCAUAUAUCUCAGCUAUAAUUGACGUUGUUUGAAGUUAAAGCCCUCAGUAAAACAGUAUGGUAAAUACCUGUUUUCCUGCAUCCAUAAUUUGUUUAUUUAAAAGUUGUGAUAUCCUAAGGCUUCAACACUAACAUUUCAGGCAUGCAAGUCAUUUCUUGAGUUCUUAACAUUUUUAUCUACAAGCCCUCUAACAUGCACAAUCUUUGAAAUAAGUCAUUACUUAUUUCUAGUGCUUUCAAUGCUGUCGAAAGCAUUCCUACUGUUCUUGCUUCUGUGAAGGUAUCCCCACCAUGGAAGACCAAGCUUCUGUGUGUGCUAAAGAGAGGCGUGAAGAGAAUCGCACGUCAAGAUUUCAAACAUCAACUCCGGCUAGGAGAGGUGCCAGGGUAUCCUAUGGAGCACCUACCUAUUGUCAUCUCUGAGGUUAGCUAAUGUGUGUGUGUGUUAGUGUUCAAUAAAAUAAAGCGACUCUAAAGCAGGUGAUGUGUGUGAGAAGGCCAUGAUUAUUGGUGUUGUCAAACUUUAAACAUUAGUGGAGAGUGGGGUAAGAUGAGCCUGCUUCAUAUUUGGGUUCACUACAUCAAGGCAAUCAUAUUUUGGUCUCUAACUAGUGAAUCUGCAUAUAUUUCAAGAUGUUGUGCAUCCCUGCAAACCAACAGAAUGAGUGUAAACAUAACUGUCUUGAUAAUACAGCAUGCCCAUAAAAGUGGUCUCCUAUGGUCAACUUACCCUGUGUUUGGGGUAAGUUAACCUCAUGUUGUAGCUCAUAGAUACCACAAUUGAUGUAUAAAACACAUUUAAAAUGAUCUCUUUUGGUCUGACCACAAUUCUAAUAAAACUUAUGACAGAAUAAAUUCACUUUCAAGAGUGAAAAAUGUUUCUUGGAAAUAAAUGUCUAACCCCUUCACCCAUGUGCUUCUAACCUUCACAGACUCCAUGAAUUGAUGCCCAUCUCCUAAAUAUUUGGUCACAUGAUCAAUUUCUUUAACCAUUUCUAAGUAACAGGGGAUGGCUCAAGUUACCCCACUCUCUCCUACUCAUAGGACAUGCUCUAUCACGUAGUUGUCAUAGUGUAUGUGCCCAAUUAAAAAAUGUUACAGCAGAAAGCCAAAAGGAGAAUGUGACAGAGCGCCGAUCAGCGCGGUCAUUCCCCGACAGCCGCGGGUCUCUCUCUCGGAGCCUAAAAGUACUCAUGGAGCGCACACGUUCCCCGCGGAGCCAAGCUCCGUCAAAUUGUUUAACAGUUUCCCCGCACCUGUGUCCCGCAGUCCUGCACUCCAACCAACUAUUUCCCUUUUCAUCUGGACUCUUUUCUACCCGCUCUAGGCGUUUGAGGGUGCACAAUCGACCCCUAUACGCCACACACACAUGUACCCACUUACCUGCGGCCAUCAAGCAAAUCAAACCGGGGUACUUCCUGAUCCGUCAGUAAAUAGCGCAAGGUGGCGCCUUUUGGGGGGGCAUGUGACCGCUGGACCAUAUCAGUAUAGUUCAUUUAUGAUAUUUUGUCUGAUUUACUGUUUUCAAGGGGUAAGGUCAUGUCUGUAUGGAGGGUUAUUAGUGCCAUUUGUCUGUGGUGAAAUGUCUGAUUUAUUGAGGAGUUUGUAUUGUACUUUACAUGUGGUGUCUUAAACCCCUAUAAUUUGUGUAUGGAUGUGCCAGGGGAGGGGCUAGGGAGGUUUAAAGCAAGACUGCCUGGGCCUGGCUUGGAGUCUGGAUUUGGUGGCAAAGAAGGUAACUGCCGAGCUGAGUUUCUGUAUUGCUGCUGUGUUGCUGAAUUGCGAGUCAUUGAAGAACUCUUACUUUGUUGGCAUUUUUUUUUUCCUUGCACAUUGUUGUAAAUAGUACUUUGACCAUUUUUGCCUCUAUGGUAAAAUUUUUGCACUGCACCUUGGGAAGCCGGCUAUAAAUAAAUUUCACCAUCAUCGUACUUUUCGACUGCGCCUGUCUUUUCCACUGUUUUUGAUUGCUUGAGAGAGAACCCUGCGACAUUUGGUGUCAGAAGUGGGAUAAGUCAGUCGACAAAGGCACACCUAGUUCUCGAGAAGGCGUACAGGCCAGCGAUCAUAAAAGCAGGGAGCAGCUCAAGAUGAAGGUGUAGAUGAUGGGGCCUGGGCCACAGAGGACGAGGAAGAAGGGGGUGCUGCCGCUCCAGCCCUGCAGGCAGCCCCUGGAGCUCCAAGUGCAGGAGAGGAGCUGCUAAUGUUUAUGAGGAGCCUUCUGGUGGGACAGUAGAGGAGAGAGGAGCUCAGAGGACUACAGGCUUUGUUGCCAACUCCACAACUGGGUCAGUAGGUGGUUGAGUGGAGGCCUGCUGCACCUAGCCCAGCCCCAGCCAAAGCUGCAUCACCAUCUGAGGGGUUGAUGAUGACUCAGCAGCUCCACAGCAGCAUCGCAGUUCACCCUUGGAGGCACCAAGGGACAGUGUAAGCUGUGGAGCAGAACCCGCUAGGCUGGAGGGCAGACCCUACGACAACCCCAAGUUUCCUCAGUAUCUGGCUGAAGAGGACAUCAGAAAUUACCUCCUCUGCUUUGACCGAUUUAUCAGAAUGUUGUAUUGGCCAGAGCAGGAGUGGACAUGUCGCCAGACUUGAAGGCAGCUCCUGAUGAAGUUUGAUGGCUCACCAGAAACGUAUCGUCAUCAGUUCCAGUCCAUGACAGUUCAUCCUGGAGAGAAUCCAACAGAGACUUACUACCACUUAAAGGGACUCUACCAAUGAUGGACUAGACCAGAGCAGCAUACAUAGGAUCUGAUCGGUGAGCAGAUCAUUUUGGAGCAGCUUCUACAGGUCUUUCCUGCAGACAUCUGUAGGUGAAGGAGCAUAAGAGUAAGGGUGUUAAUGUUGGGGGGAGGCAGUAGCAUUUCAAAGAUGUCAUCAUUAACGGUGAACCUUGCGACUGCUCUGGUGGACUCUGGUAGCUUCCUGACGCUGGUCUGAAGAGAUUUAGUGCCAACGGGCAUGGUGGAUUUUGGCAGACAGGGGAAGACUUUGCGUGUGCAUGGUGACAGCCAUACCUAUCCUACAGCUGAUUUGACUGUGGUGGUGGAUGAGCAACCCUAUUUGCUGACAGUGGGGGUGGUGGAAAAGCUGCCUGUAGCUGAUAUCUUGGGAUGGGACUUACCAGUGCUCCUUGAUGUGCUGUUGGAAGAGAGGGGUGGUGAAAGUGACUGUGGGCAGGAUUUGCCAGGGCCGGUGAGCACCCGUGCCCAGGCCCAAGCGGGGGUGACAUCUAUCCCAAGGCAGGAAAACAGGGCCAGAGCCAGAACUCUUCUCAACCCUGGACACAAGUUAGUUUGAGGGGGGCACAAAGGGCCUGACAAAGUCUCACCGCCAGCGGCAUUUUGGAGGGCCUGAAAUCUUGGGGGCCAUACUGUAAGGAGGGGCUGACAAAGGACGUGUGGGAGGUGCCAGAGGACAUUGGGACCUUGCAAAAGACGGAUGGGACUUUGAAGCCACAGUUUACCAAAGUGGUUGGGGGGCUGGAUAUGGCAAAGGGGGACAAAGAAUGCUUUGCUAUGCACAGUGAUUGUCUUUAUGCAGUUGCUGAUGGGGUUUUUGUAACAAAGAAGUUUUUGUGUACUUUUUUGCAUAGGUACUUGUAUGUGUGCUGUCUAAUGGUCUUAAUCACGAGGACUGGCCACGGGUGGUGUCCGAUGAUAUCCACAGGCACCUGGAGACGCUGAGGAGUCGAGUGGUGACACUGAGGGGUCGCGCUGAGGGACGAACACUGCUUCCACUACCACUGACUGUGGAGACGGCACGACCACAAGACAUUGUGCUGAGGUCAGUGAGCAUCUGUGUAUAUAACAACUGGGCUAACUGGUUGUUUUCACUGAGUUUAUAGGUAUGUCGUUGUUUAACGAGGGCAGGCAAAAUAUUCAUGUAACUUUCUUUCUUCAAUGUUAGCAUCACACCGCCACUAAAAAGUUAACUUUUCUCAACAGGCACUUUUAAAAUUUUGUUAAACAUUUGCUCAAAGAGCUUGAAAAAAUUACCCACUGUGCAGCGUCUGACUUCUUGAACCCACUCUCAUUUACCUAUGGCUGUAAGUGACGCAUUGUGUUCAUGUCUUGUGUGGUUCAUGUGAAAAGGAAAUAUAUAAUAAAACAUUUUUAAAAGAAAUGAUAUUGUAACUAUCAGGAACAUGUAGGAAUCCACAUUAAUCAUACUGUAUAUUUCCUGAUUUAAGAAUCUGUAAAAAGAGCAAAGAUUUAGAAAGCUGAAUGGAAAUACAGUCAGGGGAUCUGAGUGACCAUGACAUCAAACUAGUGCAAGUGGGCAGCAGACCAAAUUGUGUAUUAAAAUACAAACCCUUAGAGAACAGAGAUAGUUUCACAAUAGCACUGAGUCCUGAUAAAUUCAGUUUUGACAGAAUUUGGCUUGACAAUUAUAUUGGUCUUGGCUUCAUGAGUGUUAUCAAUGCAUGAGUCACAAAGGCGAGUCUCACUUUGAUUUACUAAGACAACAUGCUCCCUGUGGUAAUCCAUGGGUCAGCCAAAAGUCAUUGUCUGUUGCAUGACAGAAUUUUUUAAUACAAUACAUGAAAAUGUCUCCAAAUGCUGCAAGAAUUUUGUGUUCAGUUUCUUGAAACAAGAUGUAAUACUCACUCCAAUGACCUUGUCAAGAACAUUUUGGCUCAUAAUAUAUUAAGAUAAGUUUAAUUUUUGGACCUGAUGGGUAAAUGAGGUUUAAAACAAGUAUAAUGAGAUAUCAUCAGUACAAAGGAGAAACAUUCCCAAAGUGAGAUUUUAGUUUAUUUGUAGUGUAGACAUGCCAUCAGCUAUCUAUCACACAGAAGAUGAAAAGCUGUUUUUUAGCAGUUAGUUUUGCUCAGUAAAUGAAAGGAUGUACAGCACUUUCCACAGAAAUUGCUUGAAAAGAAAAAGAAAUACUGAUCGUAAAGUGAAUUGUAAAAUAAGCACUAAAACUAUGGAUUUACAGUGAUAGGUAUGUGAAAUAGGAUCUGACUGUGAUGGGAUUUCAAUGUAGAGCAAUACUACAGCCUGAGAUAUAGUUUGUGAAGUUUCCAGUCUGAUAAGGCGUAUAUUGCCAUGUUCUCUCCAUGCUGAUUGUCUUGUUCUCUGUCUCCUUCAGCCCCGCUGGUUGGCCACUAGACCGUGGCUUGUUAUACUCUAUAGAAACUCUUAUAGUUCAGUGGUCUGGACAGAUUUGGGAUGUCCUGAAAAAAGACUCUGGUGUGCUGCUGCUCCAGGGAGAUCACCCAGGCCCCAAUGUGGAGCUCCAGUUUUGGACCACUCAGAGAGAAAACCUGCUGGGCAUUCAGUCUCAAGUAUGACAGUGGUCUUAUGGUUUUAUGGAAGUUUGUCAGGGGUAAAGUUUUCCAACAGUAAGACUUUAAAGUUGCAGUCAAACAAUGAAGGAACUUUAGUUUCUUAGACUUCUUGAAAGAUAUAAAAAAAACUAAUCUUUGCACAUAGCUUCAAAUUGCUAAUUUUUUGAAAAGUUGAUAUUAUCUUUUAUUGCUCAGGUUUUUGAUGCUAUUAUUGUCAGUGCUCUUGUGCUCAGUGUUUUUUUGUUGUUUUUUUUUAACUAUGAGGUCUUUUAGUACUCUGUUUCUCCCCCUUUUGCAGUUGUGUGAUAUUUGACACACUCUAAUAAAGUCAACAAAUUAAACAGGUGUACCUAAGAAUUUUGUCACUGAAUGUACUUCAUACUAUGUGUGUUUUUGUUAUCAGAUCCAGAGCCCUAAAAUAAGGCACGUCAUGGAGAUCCUGAGAAGGGUCAAGAGCAGUUACUACUCCUCUUUUAAGGAUGUCUGCCGCCAAGUAGAUGAGGGUAGGUCUUCAAUGCUCACCAUUUAUCAGUGCCAAUAAACUCAUUUACUCAUUCUGUCAUGUACUCUCUCAAAGCACAGCUUCUUAAUUAGUUUUACUCCCAAAUAAAUUAGGCAGUCCUUGCCUUGAUUUAUUUUGUUCCUACAGCACAUCCAGAUUUCACAGCUGUGUGUGUGUAGUUUUUUCCUUUUUUCUCUGACUCAGGAAAAUAACAUAAUUUGAAUUUAGCCUGAUGUUUUUCCCAAAUAUCAGACACACGCUCUUUUUGUAUCACCAGGCUUAACUCUUUUCUUGCUAGGCAAUGCAGUUGUUACAUUAUUCAGCCAGUGAAUUCUGCUAAAUAAGCUCCCAUCAGGAACAUUUCUGUUUGUGAUUAUUAUAGCUGUGCUGGAGGCUUCGGACAUAGAUCUGUAUCUGCGGCCUUUGAGGAGACUCAUCAGUAGCUUGGAAGAGAAAAGUUUCCCACAGGUAGACACAGUACUGCCGCCUCUUUUCCACACACUCUGUCUCAUCUGGAGCCAUUCCCAAUACUACUGCACUCCAAAACGCAUGGUAGUCCUCCUGCAGGAGUUCUGCAAUCUAAUCAUUGAAAAGGUAGAAUGAUGCUUCUCUUUGUCAAAUAAAAGUAGAUGUUUUGAGGAGAUAAAGUAACUAAAAGAACUGAUCUCUGUAAUGAUUGUGUCUCUCUAUCCAGGCUAUUGCAUAUCUCAUCCCAGAGGAACUGUUUAAGAUGGAGCUUGAGGAAGGAGUGGAGAGAGUUCAGAUAACAAUCUCAGUGCUGCGCACCUUCAAGCAGUUGUUUCACAACCACCGCCAACGGAUCCCCAAAUACUACAAACACACCCAGACUAUCAAGCCAUGGGAUUUUCCUGCUACACUUGUGUUCCAACGCUCAGACUGUAUAAUGGAAAGACUGCUCAUGAUUGAGGUGCAUGAGUUGAUGUGAAAAGUUGUUGUGUAUUCAGCUAAAAGGUUUAUUUGAAAUGUAUUUAAUGUACUGUAUGUGUGUAAUGCAUACUGUGCUCACAAAGAUCAGGGAAUCAUUUUAGCGAUUUCCUCUCAUCCACAGGACAUUUUUGCAACAGCGCUAGACUUUCUAAAGCUGGAGAAGGUUGAACUGGGUGGAUCUAGAGGAAAAGUGCUUAGUGAUAUGGUCUUCGGGAUGAGCGAAGAGUUCCAAGAUCGCUGGCGGGCCCUCAGAGAGAGCAAAUAUGACCCCCUGGACUAUACUGACAAUGUGGGGCUGAGUGAGAUUGCUGAAAUUAUCACACUUCUGUAUAUUAUUUGUAGUUAUAUCAGGCCAAACAGGCUGAAAUUCUCGUCUUGUUUGCAGGAUUUUGUUCAUUAUUACUGGCGUUUUAUGGAUCAGAACAGAGAUUUUGACCAGAGACUGGGGACUGUUCUCAACCUGGCCUUCCAGCACUCGAAAAACCUGAAGUCAUCAUUUAAGGUUAGCCCAUUACACUCUUAUCUGUUUAGGAGUCAAAGUGUUUUGUUUUUUUGUUGUUGUUGUUGGUUUUUCUUACUUUUACUGUACAAUUUUAAGUUGUUACAGUUUGGGUAUGAACAUGGUAUCAGUCUGUUGAUCAUAUUGAUGUGGCAUCUCGUCUGGAAGUGGAAUUUCAGCUUUUGUGUUUGGUCCUAUUUUUGUUUCUUGAAAAGCCAACAGAACCAAAUAACUGAUCGGUGGAAAAACACGUGCAAUGUCACAGAAUAAUGAAACAAGAAUAGGCUUUCUGAUGGCAAAGUGAAGCUCUGAACCUAUUCCAAAUAAAGUGUUGACUUACUCUAAGAGCAGGGCUUCAUUGGGAGUUUGUAGAAAUUAGCUGAACUACUUGGAGGACCUACCCUUUUCUGUAGUGGUCUAAAGCCUGGUUUCUGUCUCAGUUCUCUGGGUACUCACUCAACAAAUGGGCCAAGCUGACCAUAGUCUCCUGCUACUUGAUAAAACCCCACUUGAAAAAAUAAAGAAAAAUAUCUUUCUAUUAUCUGAAAUUGUUUUCUUUUUGUUAUGUCCCAUCUAGUUACUGAAGAUUUUCAGCACCCUCCUUGAGAGACCCAGAAUAAACCAGCUCUUUUCUCCAAACUACAGCGUGUUGUUGGGCAUGUUUAGCCAGGAAGUAGAUCACUGUCAACUUUUGCUUGAUCAACACAGAGAUGGGGUAAGAAAAGCCCAACUACCAUGUGACUAAAAUCUUUGGUAUUGAUACCAGUGACACAUAUAGUGAAAAUAAAAUAGAAAGCCAAAUGUGCUGGAAAAUUCUGUUAAGCUGUUAAAAAUGUUAAAUUAUCAUUAUUACUUAUUUAUCAGUAGAAAAUAAUUUAGCAUUUGCUUUCCAGCUGCAGUCAGGAUGUGUUAUACUUGGGAAAAAUAUGCCCCCAGUGGCCGGCAAUCUCAAAUGGUCCCAGGAGCUUCGGAAUCGCAUCCUCAUCAACAGGAGCAACCUCUGCCAGCUGGUCCAUAUGUAUGUACAUAUUACAGUACACCAUCAUGUAACAGAAAGAAAUCUUAUGUAGGGGCACCGCGACCAAGCAGUCCAAGCACACAUCACAUAUUCAGAGGUUAUGCCUCAAGUGAGCCGCCCUGCUUCAAUUACAGCCUCUGGCUCCUCUCCUGCUUGUCACACCACGCUCCAUUGCCCGGUUUCCUUCUCUAUCUUCUACUGUCUUAUUCUGCUAAAGAAAUGCUCAAAAGACGUCAAAGUCAAAUUAUAUAAAACUGGUGUGUGCAGAGAAAGUGUGAAACUUUCUUCGUAGAUCACUCUCCUAGCAGACUGCAGCUUCAACUUCUCCUCACUCAGAUAGUCUAUUUGUGUUCUUCGUUAUGUUGGAGCAGUCGACCAGUGUAUUUUGAGUUCUGCAGGUCUGAAUAUUUAGUUUGUUAAUAGAGUUUGAAAAUGGUUGUUACUGGAGUUAAUGAAGCCUUUCACCCUUAAAAAAAGCUGCCAUAUGUGUGUCGUGGUACUUAGCUUAAUGUUGUCAGACAAUGAAUAACAUCCAAGUCUGUCAAGGGUAUGCACUUAAGUCGACAUUUUCUAAAGGAUGCAGUUUCUCUUUGAGAUUUUAUUGCAACGCAGCUGUUGACUUAAGUGUCAAAUGGAGCAAUCAGAGGCUUUUAAUAUGGUUGGCUGUUAGGAUAGGAUAUCCAAGCGUGGGGCCAAAUUUUCAAAAUGCCCGAUUUUUCCUCAAGACUAAUUUGAUUUUGAAGAGGAUCAUGGUAAAAUAACAGCUGUCAUUUGAGGGUGCCAUGUAAUACCGUUUUGAUGUGAGUAUCGUUGAAUUUAUCCACUCAUUGACAUUGAAUCCCCAAAACAAGGUCAGGCUAGAGAUUUGUGAAAACUGCCUUAAAUUAUGUAAAUAAAGUUAGAAACUUUGUAGUGUUUUUCAGAUAUUCUUAGGUAUGGGAUAGGUUCUCCGUUUUAAAAAGGCUUGGACUUUAAGUUUUAGUGUACACAUUAAAAGAAUACAGUGUCCUGUCAUAUGUAUGUGAUACAGAUCACUUUUAACACUCUCCAACUUUAAAAUGUAUCCCCCCUCUCUUACCCUCAGGCCUCUGGGUUGUGCUGAAGCAGAUGAUGUCCUCCUAAGGUGUGAGCGUCUUCUAGAGACUCUGCACCGACAUGAUGAGGAGAUGUUCUCAGAGUGGACUGAAGGUCUGGUUGAGAUCUGUCAGACUCACCUGAAACAACCACUACUCACACUGGAAACUGACACAGGCCUGUUUCAGGUCAACUUCAGUCCUGCAGUAAGCACUAAGAAGAUUCAAUCACCAAGACAGGCAAUGAACAGAUCAACAAAGUUAAAAUCCCUAAUCCCUCUGGAUUCAUCCCAAUUGCUCCACAUGCUUUCCCUCCUUUCACACUCUCUCUAGUUGACAUCGGUGCUCAGAGAGGUGAAGUAUCUUGGCAUGCUGAGGAUCCAGAACAUUCCUGAGGCAGCUCUUCAUCUCUACUCCAAACGAGACCGACUAUACACGGUGGGUAACAGAGUUUCUUUUGCUGCAUUGUAAAGAUAGUCUGACAUUAGCUCACAACGUGUCUCCAACCAUGAUAAAAAAAUCAGAGCUGAAGAGUUUCUUUUGGUCCUGUAGCACACCCAGACACUGACUCUGGUGACCCAGUGGUACAACAAGCUGCACGGCACCAUCCUCGCAGUGGAGCUGGGAUUGGUGAAAGAUGAGAUGAGUAGCACCAGAAAACAGCUGGAUCCAGCUCUGCAGGAGCUAACCUGGGCUCAGGAUGACUUAUGGGACUACAUUAAAACCACAAGAGACCUGGUGAAGGUAAUGAGCACUUCUUGUGUAUUUAAAAAUAAGGUGUUGAACAUGUUAAAGACCCACUCCAAUCAAAAUCAUGUUUUUCUUGUUUUUUUUUUUUGUUUUUUUUUAUAUGUUUAUAUAGCAUUUUUCUGAUGCUAUAGGACAUAUCAUGAGAAAAAUAAGUGCAAAAUUGCAUUUCUGGGUGUUUCUGCAUUCAAAUCACUGUGAAUCUCUGGCAGACCCAAACAGCAUGUUUAGAAACAGUGAGAUUUCUUACAUCACAAAUCCAAGCUCCGCCCCCGGAGCCAUGCUAUGCAGGCCAGACUUGGAAAAGCAGAGAAGACAAUCGUGGAACAAGCGUGUGCGUUAGUGGAUUGCAAUUGUUGUAAGAGAGCUAAUUAUAAUAUUAGCUUUUAGUCAUGACAAAGACAUUAGUGUGUGAGAGCUGAAUAGCUCCUGUGUUACCUGCCACUUCUACUUCACUGGCAAUGUUAGCUAGUGUGAACAGGAGUGUGCAGAGCAGUAUUGUCUCCACCCACGACUCAGAGGCAAAUUGCUAAUGAGCUACUAGGGCUCUGCAGAAGAAAAGCGCUUGAAAAUGACGCAGGUAAUGCGAUUUUGGCUAAAAACUUCAUAAUCACAACCUAAAGACAACUGAUAACACUUUGAGUAGUUAAAGAAAAAUCGAUCAGCAAGAGACUUUAAUGACAAAAAAGUACCAGAUAAUGGAAGUACUUUUUUUGUUUGUUUUUUUUUUUCUGAUCUUAGGCUGGCGGUAUUUUUCAGCAUAGCAUGGCCAGAGAAGUCCAAACUCAGCACUAAACUCUUCAGAGAGCAACGCAGUAACUUCAUGUAUAUUCAUAACAUUUGUCACCAGAGCAUUUCUAGUCGCGUCCAGAAGAGUAAAGCAAACGUGGAGGCCAUCCAGGAUCUCAUGGGGAAAUUCAGCCACCGUGCCUUCAUCACCAGGAAGAGCCGAGGAUCACCUCUCCUCAACUUCUCGGACAUUGAAGAGAGCGUUUCUAAGCAGCAUUCUCUCAUCUCAAACACAGGGGAGCAAAUACACAAACUGCUGCAGGUAUAUUUGACUCUUAGUGUUGCUGUUGAUGAAUAAUACAUGCAGAGGUCACUGCUAUCAAUGCUCAUGAUUACUAUGUUUGUCUUCUCUCUGAACGCCCUCUAACACAUCACUUUCCAUCUGUGCGUCAGGAGAACCAGUCCCUGCUGGGUGAUAAAGACUUGCUCAGCACUGAGUGGCAGGCAUACACAGACUAUGUGGACCGCAUAAUACUAACAGGCUUUUCCAGUGCGGUACGCUGCUCUCUGCAGUACUUCAUGGACAAUACAGAUGCGUCCCAGCGCAUCACACCACUGUUUGAGGUCCAGCUUGUGCUCAACAGCAAUGAGAUGACCUUUGAACCCCCGUUAGACUUCACCCACAGUGGUAACUUCUACAAUAUUGUGGAUAAGAUGGUGGCCAACAUCACCAAAUUGGCAUCCUUUAUUCCCAGAGUGGCAAAGCAUAAACAGCUGGACAACUACCAGGUGCUGUACUGGCUAGAUCUGUUCAAUCCCAGCAUGCUUACACACAGCUGUUUGGACAUUUAUUUCAGCUAUACACUGCAAGGUCGUAUGAUUUCCAUUUGUCCUGUCUCAUAGGCUGACAUCAAUGAAUUUGAGGAUUUGUCAGAGAUGUGCCACAUAAUCCGCUCACGAACUCGAGCAGCUAUUUCCAAAGUAAGUGUGUCUGCUAAUCAAACAUAAAAGAUCAUAAUUUAAAGACCACAGUUGUAAAGUUGUGUUGAUCUUCAGGUCAGAGAAUAUCAGGGAUCGUUUGCAAGCUACCGCUACCUGUGGACCGAUGACAGGUCAGGAGAUCCUUUUUUUUCUUGAUGUUAAAAAAUACCAUCACAAUAGCUUGAUCAUAGGUCGUGUUCACACCAGCCUUGUUUAGCCCAGUUGAACUGAACCCUGGAGCUUUUACCUCCUUGGCACGGUUCGUUUUGGUUGGUGUGAACACUGGCCUUGAACUCUGGUGCAGACCAGUCAACUGCUAUCUGGUCCGCCUGGUAGGAGUGGUCUCGGACCACUAUCAAGUGAACUCUAGAGCGGUUUACUUUUAGUGAGAACCCCAUUCGCACCAAUCACAGGAAGUGUACCUCGAAGAAACAUCGAGGUAGGCUUUCAUAAUUGCCUGUCAUCUUCUGUGAUAUGACCGUCUGAUUGCAGAGCGUCUCCUGUGACAUGCGUGUAGUAAUACAUUAUUUAAUUGCCGCAGUCUCCCCAGCCGUUCAUAUGCAUGGUCCGUUAAAGUCUGCUGAUAUGCAGUCCAGAUCAACACCAACAUAAAAAUGAGCAGACGAUCCUUCAUGAUGUACAGUAAAAAUUGUGAGGGAUUUGUCGUCUACCCGCCUAAACUGUAUAAACAAUCACUGAACGGCUUUUGCCGCCAUGUGACAGUUUUUGGACUGUUUGAGUUUGGCCUUGUGAAUGCGAACCGGACCAGUUGAGAAAUUGCAACGAUGUAUCAUCGAUGUAUCAUCUUUGCUUUGGUUCGUAUCAGAAAAAGGACCUUUUGGUGUGAACACGACCACAGUUUCAUUUUUGUAUGCAAAUAACUGCUUGACUGUAAUUAACAAGGAGACAGAAUCAGUAAAAUGCUCAUCUCUUUUCCUCAAUAUUCACAGAUCUGAAUUUAUGAGGCAGUUCCUGCUGUAUGGCCAUGUGUUGAGUACAGAGGAAGCUGAGCUGUAUGCUGACUAUGAGCUGAAGAAGAACCCACCCACACUGGACAACUUUAAAGAACAGGUGUGCUUCACUUUUCUUUGUUUUUGACCUUGAAUCUUACAAAUGGAGCUAGUUAGUCUGGUUAGUCUUCAGGUCAACAUCUGUGCUUCCUAAUUUCAGAUCAACCUGUUUGAGUCUCUGUAUGUUCGAGUUAGCAAGAUGGAGGACAAGAGGGUGUUUUGCGGCUGGCUUCAGCUCGAUAUCAGACCCUUUAAGCACACACUCAUGAACGUCAUCAAGAGGUGGAGCUGGAUGUUCAAGGAGCACCUGCUAAACCAUGUGAACAUGAGGUUGGUCACACACACACAAACACACAAACACACACACACACACACACACACACACACACACACACACACACACACACACACACACACACCAGGGCAGACCAGCAUGACAAAAGUAUUAUUAAAAAGCAAGUGUAAUUUUUUAGGUAGUAGAUGUGUGAAUGAGCUUAAAAGAAGCUCAAAAAGAGUACUAAGAGGCACUAUGCAGUCUAAUGUCCAGCUCAGGGGUUUUAUGGGUACCACAAAACUUAUUCGUGUACCUCCCUUCUGCACCCUGAAACCUCUUAACCAUGUCUUUUGUCUCUUUCCCACAGUGUGACAGAGUUGUCCUCCUUUCUCCAGGACACAGCUUCCGGUCUGUCUAAAAAAGUGUCUAAUGGGGACUACGCAGGCCUUGUGGACAUCAUGGGACACCUAAUGGCCAUAAGAGACAGACAAAUCAGCAAUGAGCAGCAUUUCAAACCUCUCAAGUCUACUGCUGAACUCUUGAAGACCUAUGGCCAGCAGCUGCCUGAGACUGUCUACGACCAGCUAGAAGUGUGUACCAACGCACAGUUUCUAAUAACGCUGGUUGAUAUGUACGUUUAUGGUUAUAUUUCUACUCUCUACUCUGUGACUACGACCAACAGGAGCUGCCAGAGAAGUGGAAGAGUGUGAAGAAAAUUGCUUUCACAGUCAAGCAUGAAGUGGCUCCACUGCAAUCGAAUGAAGUUUCAGUUAUACGCAGAAAGUGUGUCCGUUUUGAGGUGAGGGUGUGUGAGCAGGGUUGGAUAUCAUCGAGGAGACCCCAUACAAAGAGCUCAAUAUGUGACAUAUAAACCCUCUUUGUUUCAAUCCUGCAUUAUAUAUAACUGCCACCGUCCACCACUCCCCCCUGGUGUGACAGGUUUUAGAGCUGCUGCUGCUUCAUGCUCAACAGGUUUUUUUUUCUUCUGUUUUUGUUUAUUUUUUUAUUUCUUUCCUGUUUUAGGUGAAGCAGCACGAGUUCAGAGAACGGUUUCGCACUGAAACAAUUUUUAAGAUCGAUGUGGAGGAGCCGUAUAAACUAGCGGAUAAGGUGAGCUGUGGGAAACAGAGUACCUUUACAAAAAAGAAAGACUCAUUCUUUGUUGAGUAUAAAAAGAUGUCGUAUAAAAAGAAUCUAAGAAACAAUUUCAAGUACCAGGACUUCAAUCUGUCUCUGUCUUCAGUGCAAUCGAGUCGUAGCAGUGAUGGAGGCAGAGAUGAAAAAACUGCAAGACACAGCUGAUCUGUUUGAAGUCAGCUUCCCUGACUACAAGCAACUCCGCCAGUGUCGCUCUGACAUUAUUCUGGUCAAAGCUGUCUGGGACAUGGUCAUCUUUGUGAAGGUAUAUCUCUCCAGUUAAAUAAUAAUAACUAUAAUGCAUCGGAUUUUAUAGUGCUUUAUCAGAGACCCUCAAAGCGCUUUACAUUGGAUAAAUCAUUAUUUCGCUCACAUAGUUACAGUCACAGUCACAGCUCUCCUCUCCCACCACCACCACAUAACACUCACAUUCAUACACUAGUGGAGGACACACACUGGGAGCAAGGUGGGUUAUGUGUCUUACCCAACGGACAGACAAGAUAGGGGGGUAAUUAAACUGCCAACCUUCCAGUUAUUGAACGGUUGCUCUACCUCCUGAGCUACUGCCACCCAGUUAACAAAGAGCGACAUUCGCUCAGGCAGAAGUCCUUUUGAAUACCUUUUGAAUUUCCACUUUUAAAGUAUGUAACAGAACCACAAAUAAAAAAACGUUUCUGUGUUCCUUUGUGCAACAGACCAGUAUAGAGGAUUGGACAAAAACUCCUUGGAAAGAGAUAAACGUCGAGCAGAUGGACAUGGAACUCAGGAGAUUUGCUAAAGUAUGACAAGCAUCCAUUGUCAAAUAUUAAACUCGAUUUUAACAGGAGAGAAUUUACUGAAUUGUUCUAAUAAUUCAUGUCAAUUUGUCGUUCGUUAAAGGAGAUGAAGAUGCUGGAUAAGGAAGUGAGGGCGUGGGAUGUCUAUUUGGGUUUGGAGUCGACUGUGAAGAACCUGUUGACCUCUCUGAGAGCCGUCAACGAGCUGCAAAACUCCGCUGUCAGAGAGAGACACUGGCAACAGCUCAUGAACACCACCGGAGUAUGAGACUGUCUCAUCCUGCUGCUUCACACUCUCUCAUUCUGUCUGAUUCAAUAAUGUUUCAUCAGUCAUCAUGUUCUGCUCUGUAUUUGAUUUGAGCCAAUACACCGAGCAAAGUCCUCCUUCAAUCCUGUCUUUAUGUUCUCUGCCUUCAUUCAACAAUCCUCUCAGCUCAUGUCCAAGCCUGCUAUGUCCAGCACAGUUCACUGAACCCAAUCAUUCGGAUCUGAAACCUGAAGCCAUUCAUGGCUCACAUGUUUUCCUCUUGGUCCCUAGGUCAGGUUUGUGAUGGGAGAAGGCACCACCCUGGGGGAUCUUCUGGAAUUACAGCUUCACCGUGUUGAAGAUGAGGUCAAAAACAUUGUUGACAAGGCUGUGAAAGAAAUGGCCAUCGAGAAAGUAAGACUCCAGAAAUAAUGUACUCCUCUGUGUACAACAGUGCAGUAGUCUUAGGAAUGUGAAAGAUUUAAAUUUUGAAUUGAUAAAUCAAAAACAAACAACCUACCAAUUAACAUUUCAACAAAAGAAAAUAAUUCUAAUCUUUUUAAGUAAUAUUUUUUUCUCGAAAAUUCUGAUAUCAAAAUCAAAACACAUCAUAUUCUUGGUUUAAACCUUUUCAGAUGCAAUUUUAUCCUGCUACACUUUUUGAUGUUUUUCUUCAUCUUCCAAUAACAGAUGUAAAUAUCUCAUCUGUUUACUCGUGUAGGUUCUGGCAGAAAUAACACAAACAUGGAGUGUAAUGUCGCUGUCAUAUGAGACUCACACCAGCACAGGAAUCCCGCUGCUCAAAGCAGACGAGAAUUUGAUAGAAACACUUGAGGACAACCAGGUAAAGUUACAAUUACUGAUCAUGGAUCAAAGGAUGUAAUAUUUCUUCUAUUAUCUGUUGUCAAAAACAGGGUUUUGCUGAACCUUUUCUGAUAUAAAUAUGAGACUCAUGGUUAGAUUUAAUAUUUUAGGGUUUUCAGUUUGUUGCAUAAAUUAAAGAGUUCAUAUAGGUCAUGUUCUUCUCUUUUUUUAUCUUUAGGUUCAGCUCCAGAACAUCCUCAUGAGUAAGUACGUUGAGUAUUUCCAGGCUGAGGUGAGCGGAUGGCAGAGGAAACUGAUGGUGGCAGAUUUGGUCAUCUCCUCCUGGAUGUCUGUGCAAAGGACCUGGGCUCACCUCAACAGCAUCUUCACCAACAGCCAGGACAUCCGCUGCCAGCUAGCCAAUGAUGCUGAACGCUUUCAGGGAAUUCACUCUGACUUCAAGGUAAUAUACUCCACCGAAGACAACAAGCCUCCAUGCAUCCAUCCAUCACCCGUUGUUUCUAUGUUGUGUGUACUUUUUUGUCUGUUUAUUUUUCUUCUUCUUGUCUUAUCCAGAGUUUGAUGACUGAGGUGGUGCAAAACAGUAAUGUGGUGGAGGUGACUAACCAGUCUGGCUUCCUGGAGAACCUGGAGACUCUGCAGCAGAGGCUUUCUGUAUGUGAGAAGGCCCUGGCAGAGUAUCUGGAGACAAAGAGACUCACAUUCCCCAGGUUCUACUUUGUCUCUGCGUCAGACCUGCUGGAGAUUGUGUCCAAGGGAACACAACCCAAACAGGUGUUUGAUAGCAAUGUAGUUAUAUUUUCUCAGGGGGGGGAUGUAAAGAAGGGACUGUAUUUGCAUUAUAGGGUUGGUAACUCUUGUAAAGAUAAGAAGGACACACUAAAAUAGAAACUGGAUAUUGAAUUUUGUUCACUUGUAUUUGUUUAAUGUGUGAGUCAAAUUAGAGUCAAUAGAAGAGGGCAGGACAAACAUUAGUAUUUGUAUGUGAUUUCCAGGUGACAAGACACUUGUUGAAGCUAUUUGACAACAUUGCAGACCUUCGCUUCAGUGACUCCGAUAAAGGUGGAGAAGGGGAGGAGGAUGGUGAGGCUGUGGCUAUAGGGAUGUACAGCAAAGAGGGAGAGUAUGUUCCUUUCUCUGAGCCGUGUGUCUGUAAAGGACAGGUAUUCAAAUCUAAAUUUCAAAGUUUUCCUCUUUUUUUUCAAGCAUGUCUUCAUAUAAACAUAACUUGGAUUUUCUGGUCUUUUAAUCAAAAACGUAUGUUUUGACAUUUGUAUAUCUCUUAGGCAGAGUGUUGGUUGGGUGCCUUAGAGGACACCAUGCGCUGCACAGUUCGAAAAGAGAUUGAGGAGGCUGUGGCUGCUUAUGAGGACAAGCCACGAGACCAGUGGCUUUUUGACUUUCCUGCACAGGUCUGAUGCUGCUAUGUUGACUUUAUAGACAUACAAAUGAUAAUUUUUAAAAAUGAACUGGUUCCUGUCCUGUUUGUAGGUUGGGUUGACUGGUAGCCAAGUGUGGUGGGCCACAGAUGUGGGCAUUGCUUUUGAGAGGGUGGAGGAGGGGUUUGAAACAGCUCUCAAAGACUACAACAAAAAGCAGGUAGUGCAAUAAAACCAGAGGAAGAUGUUGUCACAGGGGUGGAUGAACACUUUUCUCGAUUUGUUCAGUAUUUUUUGCUAAUUUCUUGUUUUCUAGAUCACACAGCUGAACUCGCUCAUCCACAUGCUGCUCGGAGAUUUAACUCCUGGAGACAGACAGAAAAUUAUGACUGUCUGCACUAUUGAUGUGCAUGCCCGAGAUGUGGUCGCUAACCUCAUAAGUCAGAAGGUAAUGCCUAGGUGGCACAUGCAUUUGUAUGAUGUGGCAUUUAACAAGCCAGGAAAAAGGCCUCCUGUUGAUGUUACUGCAUGCGUCUCUAAGGUGACAACAGGCCAGGCGUUUGCAUGGCUGUCCCAGCUACGCCAUCGCUGGGACGACGACACCAGGCACUGUUAUGUAAACAUCUGUGACGCCCAGUUCCAGUUCAGCUAUGAAUACCUGGGGAACACUAACAGACUGGUCAUCACUCCACUCACUGACAGGUACACACUCAAACAGCUUAAAUCAAGAUGCCCAAAAGCUUUUAGCACCAAAGUGCUAAUCCAGGCUGUGUAGUGGCUGAAAGUACCGCAGGUAGCUCCAAUGCAAAAGGUGUAAAUAUGAGUCCUAGUCAAAAAGAAACGUGUUUGUUCUUCUGUAAUCAGAGAAGGAGAAAAAAGCCUAGAACAAAUAAGCAAGAGCCUGAAACCUUUAAGACCUAUGAGACGAGGAUAAGCAAAACAACAUAAGAACCCAAACAGAAAAUCACUGCAAGAAGACAAGAACCCCGCAGCUGAAGAGACAAUCAAUACCUGAUCAACGUAUUGACCCAACAUUAAAAGAUUCCCAGCAAUACAAGAGCCCAACAAGAUAAACUGAGACCAAGAGGACCAUAGAUGUACGAUAAUGUAAGAAAAUGAGGAGGUAAAAUCAGCAGAAUAAAGUAAGAAAUAUAUCAAAUGAGAUAACACAAUUGAUUUAAGUACAAGCAUUAAAAAAGAGAUGAAAGCAGAAAUAACAGAUCACAAUAGUUGAUAAAGAAAGAGCAAUGGAAAACAUUGGGGGCUCAAAGUCAAAUAAGGAUAAUUAAAUUAAAAUAAAAACAUUAAGUAUGAUACAACAAAUAAAUGAAUUACCAACAGUAUAAAUAAAGAGAUAAAGAAGUCAAAAGUAGUGAGAAAUGAGAUGAGAUAAAAAAGUAAAAAGAUAAAAGACGAAAUGAAAACAUUGUCAUACACCACUACACUAUAAUAUAUUUCCUUCAUGUCAUCCUGGUUCACUGAUUCCACACUAUGAUCAUUAUUAUAGCUAAACUUCUUGAUUUGAUUUUGUUCUAUGUUAAACUCUGUCUGGGUUAGGUGCUACAUCACUCUGACUCAGUCCCUCCACCUGACCAUGAGUGGCGCCCCCUCUGGCCCUGCUGGCACCGGUAAGACAGAGACCACCAAAGACCUCGGACGCUCCCUGGGCAUCAUGGUGUAUGUGUUCAACUGCUCAGAGCAGAUGGACUACAAGGUAGUACCAAGGAGAUACUAUGUCAAUCUCCUACUGCAUAACACUGCUAUUUAUAUUUACUCCACCUUUAAUUUACUCUCUCUGUCUUCAGUCCAUAGGAAACAUUUAUAAGGGUCUGGCUCAGACAGGGGUGUGGGGCUGCUUUGACGAGUUCAACAGGAUCUCAGUGGAAGUGCUGUCUGUGGUUGCUGUACAGGUCAAGACUAUACAGGAUGCUGUACGAAACAAGAAGCAAAGGUUAAUGUGAAAUUAAUGACGCAUACAAUAAACUAUCAGUACACCUACAGAGUAAUUACUCUGCUAAUCCACUCUGAUAUUCCUCAAUGGACUCACUUUUUGUUAUCUGUAAUUGGUUUAAUGUGAAUGUAGGUUUCAUUUCCUCGGAGAGGAGAUUGAGCUGAAGCAAACAGUGGGGAUUUUCAUCACCCUGAACCCAGGCUACGCUGGCAGAGCUGAGCUCCCAGAGAACCUCAAAGCUCUGUUCAGGUUUGAUAUAAAUAAAGAGAUUAAAAGCCGACUAUUAAGUGAAAGAUUUUACAAGUGUCAAAGAUGAUCAGUUUUAUUUAAUAACUUCUCAGGCCCUGUGCCAUGGUGAUCCCAGACUUUGAGCUCAUCUGUGAGAUCAUGUUGGUGGCUGAAGGGUUCAUAGAUGCUCGUCUGCUGGCACGCAAGUUCAUUAGCCUCUACACGCUCUGCAAGGAGCUGCUGUCCAAACAGGUAGCCUUAAUCACAGCCAAUCAGAAAUCAUCCCCCAUUUAAUUUCUCUUCAUUAUAAUCAGAUUUUAUGAAUACUGUUGGGUUGCUUUAGAUUAUUUCUUCGAUAUUAAGAUUUGUCAUAUCCCUGUGUUUUAUUAUUAUCUUUUAGGAUCAUUAUGAUUGGGGGUUAAGAGCUAUUAAAUCAGUUCUUGUUGUGGCCGGAUCACUAAAGAGAGAGGACCGAAGUAGACCUGAGGAACAGGUAUGUGUCAUAUUAAUAGACACAGAAAGUGUUUAUGUUAUUAAUGAAUAUAGGAGAAACUCCGUUCAGUCACAUGUUCUGUUAUUCCUUCGAAGCCUGAGUUCAUUGCUGCAUUUGCCUGAUAACUUCCAACUGUCAUUUCCUGUCCAGGUGCUGAUGCGGGCCCUGAGGGACUUCAAUCUGCCAAAGAUAGUAACGAGUGACGUGCCAAUAUUCCUCGGGCUGAUCAGUGACCUGUUUCCUCAGCUGGAUGUGCCCAGAAAGAGAGACCCAGAGCUGGAAAAUGCUGUUCGCCAGUCAGUCAGUGAACUGCGGCUGCAGCCUGAGGAGAACUUCAUUUUAAAGGUUCCACAUUUAACCUUCUUAUCAUGUGGAAAACAAACAAAAUUGUCUAUAUUUCAGAUACCGUACCAAAGAUUUUUGGUGUGAUUCAAAAAGGAAGAAAACGCUGUAGCUCCUUCACUGUGUGUGGAAACCUAUGAACAGUUUACAGACAAAAAAUUUUAAUUUGAACAAAAUCAAUUAUCUCAUCUGAAAUAAGUGUGUGUCCCUGCAGGUGACCCAGCUGGAGGAGUUACUGGCUGUCAGACACUCUGUGUUUGUAGUAGGUGGACCAGGAGCUGGAAAAAGCCAGGUGAAAAUGUACUACUGUAAUCCAAUAACAGAAACAACAUUAUUGAUCUACAAAGCUUUACCUUUAAACAAGGAAGUUUAAAAUCACUGCCAAAAGACAGGAAAACAUACAUGAAGGUAGAUUUCUUCAGCUUUUAUUAGAUGGAUUUCAAAUGUUUUAUUAAAUCCCUUAGUUUUAUUUUGAACUUUUGAGGCUGCAAAACAAGGUUUCCCACAUCUAUAGUUAAUGCACAACCACACUUUAUAAGAGUCAAAUCUCCGGUUUGUCAGAUUAUCAGAGAUUUGUGGAAAGGCAAGGUGCGCAGUUUGUCUUAUAUUUGUGCUGCUGACUCAUCAGAUCCUGAAGACUCUCCACAGAACAUAUGCCAACAUGAAGAUGAAGCCCCUAUGGAGUGAUAUCAACCCCAAAGCUGUGACUACUGACGAGUUGUUUGGGUACCUGCACCCUGCGACCAGGGAGUGGAAAGAUGGUACAGAAAUUUGAUCUGCUGUAAAUGAAAAUCCAGAGAAGUUUUGUUUUCUCUAGAUUUUUAUUCACUGUCACACAGGAAAUCUUUCAGUGCCAGUACAAUUAUUUACUCCCAAGUCUUUGCUCAGCAUUAGUCAGAAUUAGCUUUUUCCUGGCUAAGAAUAAGCCCCUGGUUAAAUAGUUUUGGCAUCAUUCAUGUUUGGUCUCAUUCCCUCGAGCAGCUGUAAGUAGAAUUCCUGCCCGUGUGAUAGACAGGAUAAUCUGGAUAAAACAUUGCUGAUUCGUGCCUCUCUGUCAUGCUGUUUGUUUGAGGCCUGUUCUCCUCUACCAUGAGGGAGCUGACCUCAGUGAGCCAUGAUGGACCCAAGUGGAUCGUUCUGGAUGGGGAUAUUGACCCCAUGUGGAUUGAGUCACUUAACACAGUAAUGGAUGACAAUAAGGUCAGUGUGCAUCUUGUGACCUAUUUUUCCUAUUCUGGAAUUUGCUCGAUUUAAUACUUUCCUGCUGUCCGUGCAGGUCCUGACUCUUGCCAGUAAUGAGAGGAUCAGCUUAUCCUCUUCCAUGCGACUGCUCUUUGAGAUCUCACAUCUAAAAGCUGCAACUCCAGCAACUGUAUCAAGGGCUGGAAUACUCUACGUCAAUCCUCAGGAUCUCGGCUGGAGCUCGUAUGACACCCACAAACACACAUAAAAUCUGGGGUUUAUUAAGUCACCUAAAUUUUUAUUUAAAGGGAUAUUCUGGCAUAAAAUUAAGUUAGGGUCAAACACACCGUAAACCAAGUUAGUCACCCCAUUGAGAGAUGAAUGUUGCUGACUGCUUGCUUCUCUAGUUAUACCAACUUUAGUAACAACCGCAAGACAGCAAUACAUAGCGGUCAGUGGAUCCACACGCUCAACCAAAACGCCACUCUCUAGCUACAAAUAAUCCUCAGAACAGCACCUAACUUCAUCAACAGUACAUAAAGGGUCCCAGCCAUAGCACUAGCCACCAAACAUCUUUUUAACUUUGCCUGAUUUCUUUAGCAAAGAGACUAAAUAUUACUCACCCACUCUCUUCCAGCAGCCGCUUGUUUGUAGGGAGAGCUUGGACGAGUCCACCACUGAGUGCAGCAGGGUGACGCAACUCAAGGAAGAACAUUUAUAAGUAUUACUUCAUUAAAAUGCAAUCAGACCGAGACGCUAAGGCAGAAGAACUACCGUGUCUGCAGUGCAAAAUGAUUAAUAUGGUGAUUAUUACUUCAAGGAAAUGAUAAAGUUAUAAUCAUAAAUGUUCUUCCUUGAGCUGUGUCACCCCGCUGCACUUGGUGGUGGACUCGUCCAAGCUGUCCCUACAAACAAGCAGCUGCUGGAAGAGAGUAGGUGAGUUGUGUUUAGUCUCUUUGCUAAAGAAAUCAGGCAAAGCUAAAAAGAUGUUUGGUGGCUAGUGCUAUGACUGGGACCCUAUAUGUACUGUUGAUGAAGUUAGCUGCUGUUCUGAGCAUUAUUUGUGGCUAUAGAGUGGCUUUUGGUUGACGUGUGCACGUGGCUCCAUGGACCACUUGUGUAUUGCUAUCGUGCGGUCGUAACUAAAGAUGUUAUAACUAGAGAAGUAAGCAGUCGGCAAUAUUCAUCACUUGAAGGGGGUGUCUAACUCGGUGUUACAUUGUGUUUGACCCCAACUUAAUUUUACGCUGGAAUAUCCCUUUAAGUAAGCAUUUUUUUCCCCUGAUGUGAUCCCAGGUAUGUGACAAGUUGGAUAGACACUAGGCAGGCCCAAUCAGAGCGAGCCAACCUCACCAUUCUGUUUGAUAAGUAUGUGCCGUACUGCCUGGAACAAGUCCGCUGCAACCUAAAAACCAUCACUCCCAUACCAGAGAACAGCAUGGUGCAGGUAAGAACAGGCAACAUGUGCCUACCUUUACACUCUGUCUUUUCAACAACCAGGUUUGGGAUUUCUCAGUUAAGUUGCAUUUCAUGUAUCUAAAUGUUAUCUAAUAUUUAUAUAAUGUCUGCUCUUUGGCCAAUCAGACACUGUGCUCCUUGUUGGACUGCCUCCUAACAGAGGAAAACACCCCCCCUGACUCUCCCAGAGAACUCUAUGAGAUCUAUUUCGUCUUCGCCUGUGUCUGGGCCUUUGGAGGAGCUCUUUUCCAGGAUCAUGUGUGUGGUGGUUUACUGUCUGCUUAAAGAGCCAUCUUCUUUUCAGUAUUUCAUCUUGCAGAUGAUCAGACAACAUCACAAUGUCUCUCUUUUUUUAGCUUAAUGAUUACCGUGCUGAAUUCAGCCGCUGGUGGUCAAAGGAAAUGAGAGCAGUCAAGUUUCCUUCCCAGGGCACCGUCUUUGACUAUUUCAUCGACUCUGAGACCAAAAAAUUCACUCCCUGGAGUGAGAAAAUGGUGCCAUUUGAGGGGGAGCCUGAUGUACCAUUACAAGUGAGUAUUACUGUGUGUUGUGUGCACACUAAGAAUAUACAAACUGCAAAACAAAUCAACACACUUCAUUGUGCACACUUUAUGGAAAGACCUUCUAGUUAGGUCAUAUCUUGUGUGUUUCAGACUGUGUUGGUCCACACUCCAGAAACCAUUUGUCUGACCUACUUCAUUGACCUGCUGCUCCAAAGAGGCAAACCCAUCAUGUUAGUGGGUAACGCUGGAGUGGGGAAGACCAUCUUGGUGUCUGACAAAGUGGCCAAGCUGAAGGAGGACUACAUGGUGGCUAAGGUCCCCUUUAAUUACUACACCACCUCAGCCAUGCUGCAGCGUAAGAAAAAUUUCAGCGUUGUGUAUCAAAUUAAGAUAUUGAACCCUUUUUUUUCAGUGUCCUUGCUCUUGUUUACUUUAUUUUUGUUUACUUUUUAAUUUUGUUACAUGACUAUAUUAUACUUUUUACAGAACCCAGUAUGAACAGAUUCAAACUGGAUUUUGACUUUUUUUCUAUUACAGUGCAGUUAACCUACCACUGAGCACCACCAUCAUAUCAAAGACUGCAUCAAAUGAGUUUUAUAUAUAUAUUAAUGAUAUUGAUAAUUGUAAAAGUCAUUAUAAUACCAACUUGUUAAUAUGGAACCUUAAUAUGAAAGGGUUUUCAAGGUACUUUGACCAAAACGCAGAGAAAUAGAUAAAAACAAGGCAGCAAAAGAGCCCAAACAACAAUGUAGCCGUCUUCAUAAGAAACCUUAAGAACCAAGGAGAUACAUCUGCAGAGAUUUAUCCUGUCAUUUCCAUUCAGCUAUCAUUUUAUGCACCAUAUUCCCCCCAGGUGUCCUGGAGAAGCCCCUUGAGAAGAAAGCCGGUCGUAAAUUUGCUCCUCCUACAGCCAAGAGACUCAUUUACUUUAUAGACGACCUCAACAUGCCUGAGGUGGACGUUUAUGGGACCGUCCAGCCUCACACACUCAUACGCCAGCACCUUGACUACAACCACUGGUGAGAAUGAGAUGCAAUAAAUGCACUGCUAAGUAAUUUAUUGUACAUUUAUAUUAUAGCUGUGUAUGUGUGUAUGUGUGUUUAUAGGUAUGACAGACAGCGGCUGGUUCUGAAGGAAAUACAUAAUUGUCAGUACAUCACAUGUAUGAAUCCAACUGCUGGAAGCUUCUCUAUCAACCCCAGACUUCAGGUUUGAGCAUCACUGCUUUCAGGCUUAUUACACACACAAACAUGCAUUAUACACUGUUAUCACUGUUCCUCUUUGUACUACAGUGACUGGAGUUCAACCAUAUUUCAGCAAAACUCAAAUGUAAAUUGAUUGAAUCAGCGAAAAGAAAUGAUCAAUUAUGAUUUUUAGAGAAAUCAUUUAUUAAUGGUCACUCCUUGAAGUCAGUGUGAGAGGUCUUUUUUUUGCGUUUUGAGUCUCCUACUAAGUCCUACUUGACUGGUUUCUCUAUAUCUCUUCCACUUCUUCCAGAGGCAUUUUUCAGUAUUUUCAGUCCACUUCCCAUGUGCGGAUGCUUUAAACACCAUCUUCUCCAGCAUCCUGUCGGCUCACUUCCUUCAGGGAGGAUUCAGUUACGGAGUCUCCCGCUCAGUUGGAUCUCUCGUACAGGUCCAUCAGCAGGAUCAGUGCAACAUGUGUCAAUCAUAAAACUUUAAUUUAGUCUUCGUUUCAAACUUGACAGACUAUAAAUUUGGUUAACUCUGUUCAUUAUAACACCCAACUGUUCAUCUGUCUAUGUAAUCAUUUUACUUUGUCUGAUUCUUUUGUUCUGUUUAUCCAGGCAGCGAUCUGUCUGCACCAAAAAGUCAGCCAGAACUUCCUCCCCACAGCGAUUCGCUUCCACUACAUCUUCAACCUGCGAGACCUCUCAAACAUUUUUCAGGUACCACGCACAGUCAUAAAUAUAUGAUGAGUGAGGAAGAGGAUUAUGGCCACAUAAAGAGAAAAUAUUAAUAAUUACGGGAAGGAGAUUAAAGUCGAAAUUUCAAGAUUAAGGUCAAAAAUUUGAGAUUAAAAAUUUUUUAAUGAUGUCAAAGUCGAAUUUUUAAGAUUAAAACUUCGAAUUAGGGCAAUAAAGCUGAAAUUUUGAGAUUAAAAAAAUCGAAAUUAUGUCAAUAAGGUCAAAAUUUUAAGAUUAAAAAUUAAAAUUUUAACAGUAAAGUCAAAAUUUUAAAUAACAAAAUGUCGUAAAUAAUGUAAAUUUCGACUUUAUUCAUGUAAUUUUGAAUUUUUUUUUAUCUCAAAAUUCGACUUCAAUCUCGAAAUAACUUUUUCUUUAAUUUGGACUUUUUAAAAUUCUGUCUUUAAUCUUGAAACUUCGACUUUAAUUUUGAAAUGGAAAUUUAAAAAAUCUCCCUCAUGUAAUUAUUUUUUCCUCUUCUUGUGGCCCUAAUCCUCUUUCCUAGAUAAGGGAUUUUCUUUUUAUUUUACAAGAAGUAAAAAUACUGGUCCCUUAUCUGUAGCUUUUGGUGGAGUCAUAAAAUGGUAAGUGCUAACUAAACGCCUUCUACAGCUGCCAUCCACACGUAUCUGUCUCUGUCUGACUGUUUAGUGGGGAUAAAGAUGUAAAAAGUUAAAUAGUAUUGUAACAUGACAUAACAUCCUGUAACUUUAUCAUGUUAUAUUUGACUACCUUUUGUGUUUAGGGUAUCCUCUUUGCCCUGCCAGAGUGUAUCAGAUACCCUAUGGAUCUGGUUCACCUCUGGCUGCAUGAGAGCUCAAGGGUCUACUCCGACAAACUGAUGGAAGAAAAAGAUGUGGAGCUCUUUAACAAAAUCCUCCUGGACACUGGCAAAAGAUAUUUUGAGGUAAGACUACAAAUAAGUUUUUGUAUCAUUGUCAUCAAAAUCUUAGGAAAUUAAAACAUUUCUGCCCCGUGUGGCAAAAUUCAGGAGUUUCAAGACCCUUGGUGAUUUUUGUUGGUCAUUUGUAGGGCUUCUUUGCAUUCAGUAUUUCACACUGAUUGGCUAAAAUAAUGUAUCUAAUCAGAGCAUUUGCUAACUAUUGAUGGGCAGUGUAAUUAUAACAUGUUCAGUACUUUCCUUCUGUUUCUCAUAUCUCUUUGUAUGCUAAUUUUCUUCAGGGGAUUGAUGAGUCCAUCUUCAUCCACCAGCCUUUGGUGUACUGUCACUUUGCCCAGGGAGUGGGAGAGCCACGCUAUCACCAGGUUUGACACACUCUACACACACACGUUUAGUCAGAACUAUUUUUGAUCAGGGUGUAGUGUUACUCCUUUCAAAUAUCCAUUUAUUCUUUAUUAAAUGUGGUAACAAAAAAGAUUGAGUUUAAUUGUUUUUGACUUGAAUCAUAUUAGUAUGUGAAUUAUCUGUAAUUCAUAUACUCAAAGACCUUAUGGCACUGUCAUGUCUAAUCUGUCAGAAAAUAAAUGAGGAUGAAUGAACUGUCAUUAGCUAAACUAAUUACAUUUCUGAUCUGUAUGGGAUUUGAAUUGAAAGUUAAUGGACUCAAGUCUUGAUAAAAAAAAAACUUAAUUUCAUUACAUUUCUGGUUGGUUACCUGCUGUUACUUUGAUAAGAAUGGUCAGACGUGUCCAAGAGACAGAAAAUUUGUUUAUUCCCCUACUUGUCAGGCUUCAGACUGGGAGAAACUCCAGAAGACUCUGGCUGAUGCUCUUGAGCAUUAUAAUGAGCUACACGCUGUCAUGGACCUAGUGCUGUUUGAAGAAGCGAUCCAGCAUGUGUAAGACACACAAACAGAGACACAUGAAGUUGAGCAUAUACCAUCUGCUAUGGGAUUUACACAGAUGAGCACUCAUGUAAACCACUUACCAUAAACAUAUUGUUCAUUCUGGUGUUUGCAUUCAGGUGUCGUAUCAGUCGUAUCCUGGAGGCCCCCUAUGGUAACGCCCUGCUGGUGGGAGUCGGUGGCAGCGGGAAGCAGAGUCUGUGCCGGCUAGCUGCCUUUCUUAGCAUGCUGGAAGUUUUCCAGAUCACUCUGCGGAAAGGAUACGGCAUAAAUGACCUCAAGGUAAAUGUGUUUACAUGCAGUUGCACAGCUGUUACUAAAUGUCUUUACACUGAUUGAUGCAACUUGAUGCUGAAUGUACCAGACAUAAUGUGCCAUUUUUAUGCAUUUGUGGCCCUUUUUCUGCUCCCCCUGAUUGGCAGAGUGAUAUUGCAGCGUUGUAUAUAAAGGUCGGGGUGAAGAAUAUCGGAACAGUGUUUCUUCAUACAGAUGCGCAGAUACCAGAUGAACGCUUCCUGGUUCUCAUCAAUGACAUGUUGGCCUCAGGUUGGACUACACCACAAAAAAAACAUGAUGUAGUGUGUGAAAAGGAACUGUUAAUCUAUUUACGCUGAGAAAAAAAAAGAGCUCUGAGGAAAUAUGGAUGAUCUUUGUGCUUCAGUUUUUGGAGCCAAAGACUCUUAGUGCAUAAAGCCUACAAAAUGAAUGGGUAACUUAACAAUAACCAUAACUUUAAAAUAGUAAAUAGACCAUUUGUAAAUGGUAAGCAGAUAGUUUAUUAAUGUUUAAUCAUAAUUUAUAAAUAGCAUAUAGACCAUGAAUAAAUUGUACAUUUUACAAUUUUAAAAACCUGACCCCAACUUUACAAUAACCAUCUAAGUAAUGUUUAUAGAUGGUUUAUAAACCACUUAAUAAUCAUUUACAAAGUAUCACAAACAUCAGUUGCAACUUUACGAUAACCAUCUAAGUAAUGUUUAUAGAUGGUUUAAAAACCAAAUAAUAACCAUUUACAAAGUGCUACUGACACACAUUUUAUUCUAGAUGUUUUACAAUAUUUAAACUUUAAUAAACAGUAAAUGAAAAUGAUUAAUCAUAAUUUCAUUGCUUGUUAAUGGUAAAGUAACUAUUAACUUACAUUAAAAAACUAUUCAUUUACCAUUAACAAUUGGUGUAUAUGCUGUUUUUAGUAAAUUAUCUAUUUACCCUUUAUAAAUUAUGGUUAUUGUAAAGUGUUACCAGUGAAUGUUUACGUCCCAGACCAGAUCAGAGUUUUAUGCGUGUGACUGUAUUUUGAGCUAUGUUUGUUUGGAUUAUUUAGGGGAUAUUCCAGACCUGUUCAGUGAUGAAGAAGUAGACAUGAUUGUGACAUCUAUCCGGAUGGAGUUAAGAGGACUUGGACUCAUCGAUAGCAGAGACAACUGCUGGAGCUUCUUUAUAGAGAGAAUAAGACGACAGCUCAAGGUAAUAUUGUGCUAUGUAAUGUAAUACUGCUUUAUUGAAAUCCUUAUUUGUCAUCUGCCAUCACCCUCUGUGUCUUUCAGGUUGUCUUGUGUUUCUCUCCUGUCGGGUUCACUCUAAGGACACGUGCCCGGAAGUUUCCGGCUCUGGUGAACUGUACAGCCAUAGACUGGUUCCACCCCUGGCCUCAGCUCGCUCUGCAGUCUGUCAGCUCCACUUUUAUAGAGAAAAUACCUGGACUAGAGGUGAUGGCACAUUUACCUUCUAUUCAUAUUCUCCUCAUAACAUAUUAACCGCUUUCUCCACACUUAAGAAUCAAAAACUUUUACCUUACAUCAGGGAAAUUACUGUACUUUCCCAAUAAUAUCCAUAAAUCUGGAAAUACCUAACUAUAGUUGCACUACAUGUAUAAAAUAUAUAUAUAGGGCAGCAGAGUGUAUCACAAAAGACCCAGCAGCUCCAAUUUAUCCAUGGUGGUGAAAUAAUUCCCAAAUACCUGUUAAUGCUUAUCUUUUACAGCCUAAAGUGCGAGCAUCGAUCGGUGAGUUCAUCUCUUUCGCCCACACCAGCGUCAACGAGGUGAGUCGUCGAGAGGCUUUUUGGUUUAAAAUAAAACAUCUUGACAUCUUCGCUGACAUCUUGUUUUAUCGUUUAAACACGCUGUUCAGGUGAGCGUCAAGUACCAGCAGAAUGAGAAACACUUUAACUACACCACCCCGAAGAGUUUCCUGGAGUUUAUGAAGCUGUACGGCAACCUGCUGGGAAAAAAACGGACAGAGCUGGCUCAGAAAAUGGAGCGGUUAGAGAACGGCCUCCAAAAACUGCAGUCUACUGCUACACAGGUUAGACCAAGAAACCCUGUAAUGAAAGCUUCUAAGCAUGAACUCUAUACUUUGUACUAAAAUUAGCAGAUUAAUUUCUGUCUGUCUUGCUUAGGUAGAAGAUUUGAAAGCCAAGUUGGCAGUACAGGAGGUGGAGUUGUUGCAGAGGAACACAGAAAUAGAGGCUCUGAUAGCAAAAAUUGGACAACAGACGGACAAGCUUAACCAAGAGAGAGCUGUGGCAGAUGCAGAGGAGCAAAAGGUAAAACCGUGCAACAGUUUGUAACAAUGGAGAAGGCAAAAUUAACAAGAAAUUAGAAAAUUUACACAAAAUCUACAGAAAGGUGUCUUUCUUUGUUUCUUCAGGUGGCGGCAAUCCAAGCUGAAGUGACCAAACAGCAGCAGGAGACUGAGGAAGAUCUGGCCAAGGCUGAACCUGCCCUGCAGGCAGCUAACGCAGCCCUCAAUACACUGAACAGGGUAAUUUGUUCAUACGCAUAAAAACAGAUUUGAUUUGAUUUAUUUUGGAUCCACCAAAUGGGAUCCUAAUCUUCUUUGCUGUUUUCAUUUUGAACUUAGACAUAUACUUACAGACAUUACACUUACAUAACACUCAUUCUACACUUCAUUCAUACAGUAGCUCUUAUUCCCUCUUGCUUGUUGAAAAAUAAACCAAUACAUAAAUAAGAUGAAGAAAGAAAAGUGAAGAGACAAAAAAGAAAAACCAACUUAGACCUGAAUCCUGUCUCCAUUUUUUAUGUUUUUUAUUAUACAUGCAAGCAGUGUAAUUUAUAAAAACUAAUCACUGUGAUUUAAGAUCCGCUUCAUCAUACUGAAAAUGAAAAUUUUAUCGAUGAAUUUGUCCGUGUUUGUGUUUGCAUCUGUGUGUGUGCUCAUCCAGUUAAACCUGACAGAGCUCAGGACGUUCCCCAAUCCUCCGGCUAUUGUCUCCAACGUCUCUGCAGCUGUUCUGGUGCUACUGGCUCCUCAAGGCCGAAUCCCCAAAGACCGCAGCUGGAAGGCUUCCAAGAUGGUUAUGAGCAAGGUGAUAUUUCACAGAGACAGCUUAUAGUGGCUCUGAAAUUAAUAGCUGUUCGACCACGAAGCCAGAAAGCCCAUCACAAAUAAAUUCCCGAAACUAAAGAAAAAACAUGGUGUCGCAUUUAUAGAGACAUAUGGACAAUUUAUUAAUGUCGCGUGUCCAAACUGCCAAGAUGGCUGUAGUAUAUUUUGUUCUAUACUUUCCCAGGUUUAUAUUUUCAGAUUCUUCAUUCUGGCAUAUUGACUGCUGUUGUCUCUCUGUUUACCUGCUUUCCUGACCAGUCAUACAUCUUAUACCAUUUCAGCAAAGUCACGCUGAGUUUGUGUGAAUGUGGCAGAACUUCUAUAUUGUAGAUGUUAUGUGCUGUCUAUAUCUCUAUUCUUGGCUUAAUAUCACUCAUCAGUUCCUGCCUGUGAUCUAAAAUCCAUAGGGCCUGCAGAGGUGUUAUAUACCAAUUCUGUGAGGUAAUUCCAUUUAAUUUCAUCUCUGCCCACAAAAUGCUCAUCCAGGUAGAUGACUUCCUGCAGGCUCUGGUGAACUUUGACAAAGAACACAUCCCCGAGGCCACAGUCAAGUGUGUGAGGGACGAGUACCUCAGUGACCCCGAGUUCAACCCUGAGUUUGUGCGACAGAAAUCCUCCGCUGCUGCAGGGCUCUGUUCCUGGGUGAUCAACAUCAUCCGCUUCCAUGAGGUACACACACCAGUGUUGGCUGUCAUGACAAUUAAAUGUCAUCAAAGGUUAAACAGUGUGUGAUGUUUGUGAGUGGACAGCGCUGUGGUCUCAUUGUUUGACAGGUUAUUUUCUGUUUCCUCAUCUAUUGUGCUGCCCUGGACAGAUCUUUGUAAGUGCAGCUCUGUUUUGUCAUCUUGAUUUUAAAUAUACAGUCUGUUAUUUUACAAGUGAAGUACUCAAACAGUAAUGACGUGAAUGCCCAUUAUGAUGGCAGGUCAUGGCAUUGUCUGCAGAGUAAUGUCAUUUUCUGAAUGACUACACUCAUGACGAUAUUACUACUAGUUUCUUAACAGAGAUGUAAGCGUGUUUGUUUUGUCCUGCAGGUAUUCUGUGAGGUAGAGAUGAAGAGGAUGUGUCUGGCUCAGGCUAAUGCUGAUCUGGCUGAGGCUGCUGAGAAACUGGAGGCCAUCAGGAAGAAACUCGCUGUAAGACUGCAUCUCCUAUUGCAUCCUUUACAUUCAUAAAUCUUUGGUAAAGACGCCAUAAUUGCACUGUUACUCUUCCUAAGGGUAUGCAUUUUAAUUAUUUGUGCCACGUACUCAUUAUAAUUGCAAUUCUGUGACAGUAUAUAUCACAGGUCAUCUGAUAAACACCCACCACUUGCCCUGAAACAAAUUUUCCAUCAUCCUUUUUGCUCUGUUGAGCCACCAGUUAGAGAGGCCCUCUAAAGUCGACUUCAGACAGAUUUUAUGAUCCUUUCUGUGCUAAUGUAGUUCUUCUUUUGUUAGAUUUAUGCUCAGAGAAAUUACUGCCUGCACGUAAAGUGAAAACUAUUCUUAAACAUUUCAAAUAGAUAUUUUAUUUAGGACAAUAAAAGAGCAGUAUCAUCGUGUUUUUAGUUGAUCACCCCUGUCUGUCUCUCUCUCUCUCGCAGGAGUUGGACAGUAGCCUGGAAACUCUGACAUCGUCAUUUGAGAAAGCCACAUCAGAGAAACUGCGUUUUCAGGAAGAAGUCAACCGCACCAACAAGACAAUAGAGCUGGCUAAUCGGCUGGUCAAAGGUUUGGAGGUGAGCACAGCAGCCGAUCGAUAGGAAAUAAGUUUUGUCGGUCUGAUUGAUCAUCAGGAUAAAAUGUGUUUUUCGAGUAAGGCUGCUCUCUGUUCCUCUGCUGUGUCUCACUGUUUGUAUAAAUGUGCUUGUUUCAGAGUGAGAAUGUGCGCUGGGCCCACUCGGUGGCUCAGUACCAUGAACAGGAGGAGACUCUGAGUGGAGACGUCCUCCUAACAGCAGCCUUCAUCUCCUAUGCCGGCUCCUUCUCUAAGAAGUAUAGGAGAGAGCUGCUGGACAACCUCUGGAUGCCUUUCCUGCACAGCCAAAAGGUCACAAUCUUCCAGAGACUCACUAUUUUUUUUAUAGAAUUUGACCUUAUUAAUAUAUUUCCUAAAUAUAAGCCCAUCUCUGGGGAAAUUUGCCCCUUUUUCCUUACCCACCCAAUUUCUGGUCUCUCUGUCAUCCCAUCCAUUCAACAGGAGACAAUGAAGUCUUUCCAUGGAAACGCUUUCAUAAAUGUUGCUUCUUUCACUUAUUUCGACUCUCCACCAGGUCUCCAUCCCCAUGACUCAAGGCAUAGAUCCAGUGUCCAUGCUGACUGAUGAUGCGAUGGUGGCCCAGUGGAACAAUGAAGGCUUACCAGGAGACAAAAUGUCGACCCAGAAUGCAACCAUCCUCACCAACUGUGAGUACUGAGAUUAAACAUACAGUUUCUUCCACCACAUUAGUAAUAAUAACCCAUUUCUAUUGGAACAGAGCAUUGCCAGUUUUGUUUGUCACAUUUUCAUAUGUGGGCCAUGAAUGUAUUGACUACAGGUGAGCGCUGGCCUCUUCUCAUUGACCCUCAGCUGCAAGGAAUCAAAUGGAUUAAGAGUCGCUGUGGCAGCAACCUCAAGGUUAUCAGUCUCGGUCAGAGAGGGUAAGUGUUUCUGAGUGCCAGUUUUUGAAAUCCUCUGGAGGACGUGAGGCUUUCAGUACAGACCUGCUGUGGACCUGCUUUAUUUCUGAAGAAUCCACAAACAUGAAUCUAAUGAAUAUAUGUUCAGUCUUUGUGUUGGUUACAUGGUUAUUAUUCCAGGUAUGUAGAUGUGAUAGAGCAGGCAGUCGUGGCAGGUGACACUGUCCUCAUAGAGAAUCUCGAGGAAACCAUCGAUCCUGUCAUCGAUCCUCUGCUGGGAAGGCACACCAUCAAGAAGGGCAGGUAAGACAUUAAAAACACAUGUUCAAUUAUUGCUGCUACUUUUCUGUCCUCUUUUAUAAUGCCUUCCUCCUCUGUCCUCUGUUUUGCUGUCUUACAGCUGUAUAAAGGUCGGGGACAAAGAGUGUUUCUUCCACCCAGGCUUUAGACUGAUCCUCCACACUAAAUUGGCCAAUCCUCACUAUAAGCCAGAGAUUCAAGCUCAGACAACCCUCAUCAAUUUUACUGUGACCAGAGAUGGUCUGGAGGACCAGCUGCUGGCUCAGGUGGUGAAUCAGGAAAGACCAGAUCUUGAGCACUUGAAGGUGGGUUACAACAAUUUCCUUUUUUAUCCUGCUGGUUUCCUCCACAGACGCACAUAUUGGUGUUAACACUUCUUCUGAGUCAUAAAGCUCUUGCGCUUGUGUGCUGAGAUACAUUACCAUGUUUACCUCAGGAUAAAGAAAGCCAUCAUGCCAACCCAUUUCAAAAGGUUAAACUCUGUAGAACGUUGAAAGAAACUGAUUCUAAUGGUUUUUCCAAUCAUAUAAAUCCUCUGCUAUAUAAAUAAAACAAAGACAACAUGACAAUUUUGAAACUGAAAAAACUUAUUGUAGCAACACAUUUUAAUAAAGUGGGGACAGGGUUAAUAAAAUACUGAAAAAAUGUGUGCUAAGUAGGGAAAACAUCUGUUGGAACAUCGCCAGGUUAAUUUGCAACUGGUUAAUAACAUGACUGGGUAUUUACUUAUCUGUUUAUUUGAUCGGGACAAAACAUGUUGGCCUUGUUACAUCUAAUUAGAGAGCAACUGAUGCUGUGUAUAAAGGACUUCCAGCCAUGGCUAAUUUGCAGUGACUGUCCCUGGUAUAAAAAGGGUCUAAAACCAAUACUGGAUUGUUGUGAUCUUUGGGCCUUCAGGUGGCACUAGAUUAAAAACAGACAUGUCUCUGAUGUGGAAAUCUUAACAUGGGCGUAAAAUCAUUUCCAAAACCAAAGUCCAUGAAUACAGUUUGUUGCUGCAUCCACAAAUGUAGGUCAAAACUGUACCAUGUACCGGGAAACAUGCAUGUACAUGAUUUAUAACUGAGGGCAACUUUCUGGGCCAGAGCUUUUAAAAUGGUCUGAGGUGAAGUGACCAGCAUCUUCCAGCGUCAAGACAUGGAUAGUUUACAAAUCUAUGAAGGCACCAUUGAUGCUGAAUGAUACAUACAGUGUUUGGAGCAACAUAUGCUGCCAUCCAUCCUGUCUUUUUCAGGGAUAGACUUGCAUAUUAGCAUAGUAAGAUAAUGCCAAACCUCCUCAUGCAUGUAUUCCGACUGCAACACAAGGUUUUGAAGUGUAAGAGUCCAGGUGCUAAACUGACCCCCAUCUGGUCACUGGAAAAAAAUGGUGCAUCAUUGAACAAAAAGGACAAAAAACUCUUGAGCAACUGGAAUCCCCAGAAACUGGUCUCACAACAUAGUGUUGUUAAACCAAGAGGAGAUGCAACACAAUGGUAAACAGGCUCCAUCACGACCUUCCUAAAUAGAAAGCUGGCAUCAAAAUUGGAGCUGAGCCUUUAUUUUUCUAUUUAAAGAAAUUCUCUUUCAACAUUUGUUGUGUUUGCUGUAUUCUGUCUGUGUUGUUUUAUCUUCAAUUUGAUAUUGGGUUCAUGUUUUGUAAUCAUUAUAAUCUGCUUUUUCUUUCAAUACUGAACUGUGACAAUCUCUGUUUAAUGAAAGGGAGGAAACAGCUGUUUAUUGUAAUCAAUAUUCAAAUAAUCUAGGCUGUAUUUUUUUUAACCCCCUAUAGAGUGAACUGACUAAACAGCAGAACAUGUUUAAGAUCGAGCUGAAGCUCCUUGAGGACGAGCUGCUAACCAGGCUGUCUGCUGCUGAGAGUAACUUCCUGGGUGACAACGUGCUGGUGGAGAAGCUUGAGACUACAAAACACACAGCUGCUGAGAUUGAGAUGAAGGUAACAGUCAAUGUGUUCAAUGUAUUAGCAUUAAGAGAGUAUCAGGCCACUGAGCAUUUUUUGGUUUAAAAGAGGUCUAAUAGACGUCUAAUUGUAGCCUAGAUGACUGCUCUAAAACCAGCCUACCACAGGUCUAAAAAUGAAAGUUUUCAAUGUCUAAAUUUAGACAAAGUUUAGACUAGCCGGCUAACAGAGGUCUAACUGUUUAUUUCUCAAUGGCUAUCAUAAUUAUUUUGGUUAAGUAUUUGGAGAUCAGUUAUGCAACUCACAGUUACUUUUUGAAAUAAAUAGUUAUCGAACAACUGGUUAAAGUGCAACAUCUAAAUUCUGUCAAAAAAUAUACAGAAUCUAGACGGUUGAAAUAAGGUCUAAAAAAAACUAGACAUCUAAUAGCCGUCCAUUGCUCAGUGGGAAAGAACACAAACAACAAACAUCUCCAUAUCUGUCUGCCAGGUCCUCGAAGCUAAAGUGAAUGAAGUGAAGAUAAACGAAGCCAGAGAACAUUAUCGUCCUGUUGCAGUCAGAGCUUCUCUGCUCUACUUCAUUAUGAAUGAUCUCAACAAGAUCAACCCCAUGUACCAGUUCAGCCUUAAGGUAAGUAGCCAGAAAGGAGACCUUACUGACUUGAUACGGUAUCGUGUAAUCUUCAUUUAUCACCAACCUCUUCUUGCUCUCAGGCCUUUAACGUGGUGUUCCACAAAGCAGUGGCGAUGGCAGAGGCCUGCGAGGAAGUGAAGAGUAGAGUAAACACACUCAUAGACUGUGUGACUUACUCCACCUUCAACUACAUCAGCAGGGGACUGUUUGAGAGAGACAAGCUCACCUUCACUGCACAGCUGGCCUUCCAGGUGUGUAUGAGUCUUUCAGUAUGAAGAGGAGAGGGAGGGCGUUUCUUCUCUGACUGACUUCUUUGUCUUUCAGCUGCUCCUGUUAAGUAAGGAGAUAGAUGUGCGGGAGCUGGACUUCUUGCUACGUUUUAACAUCGACCACAACUACGUCAGCCCCCUAGACUUUCUCUCCAACUCUGCAUGGAGUGCAAUUAAGGUGAUUAAAUCCUGACAUCCUUACAGGACUUUUUGCUGGAUCACAGAAAUGAUUUAAAAUAUUCAAAAACCACCACCUGUUGCUGCACUCGUCUUUGCCCAGGUGAUGAGUUUCACAGAUGAAUUUCGAGGUCUGGACCGGGAUAUUGAAGGUUCACCUAAACGCUGGAAGAAGAUGGUGGAAUCUGAGUGUCCAGAGAAGGAGAAGUUUCCUCAGGAGUGGAAAGGGAAAAGCUCCCUGCAGAAACUCAUCAUGAUGAGGGCCCUGAGACCUGACCGCAUGACCUAUGCCCUGAGGUGGCUUUCUUUCCCUCCUGUGUUUUUUUAAUUUUUAUUUUUGCAUGCAUUUUUACUGUCUGUUUUGUUUCUUCUUUAGGAAUUUUGUGGAGGAGAAGCUCGGGGUGAAAUACACAGAGGGUCGAAAGACUGAAUUUGCAAAGUCCUUCAAAGAAAGUGGGCCAGCCUCUCCUGUGUUCUUCAUCCUCUCUCCUGGAGUGGAUCCACUAAAAGAUGUUGAAUCUCUGGGUACUCAAACAGAGUAGUUGUGAACGUGUACUCACUGCAUGCACUCAUACAUACAGAAACCACUUAAAUAUAACAAUUUUAAAACAGCUCUGCAAGCAAAUGUCACCGUCACUACACCUUUGUACCAAAGCAAUGAACUCUGCAACGAGUUUUUAAGAGCCUUGGCUUUCAGAAUUACAUAUUUCUCUUUUUGCAAUUGAUGAUAUUUUCUGUUUUUGUUGAUGCUAUGAUUAUUAUUUUGUGGAUAGAAGUGUCCGAAUAGAAGUGUAGAUGGUGGAUAUUUUGCAGUUGGAGUGUGGAUUAUAAUUUAUUUCUUUGUGUUCUCAGGGAGGAAGCUUGCUUUUACCAUUGAUCAUGGAAAGCUCCACAAUGUGUCCCUCGGCCAGGGCCAGGAAGCUGUGGCUGAGGUCGCCAUGAAGAAGGCUUCAAAGGAGGGUCACUGGGUCAUACUGCAGGUCUGAUAAGAGGGUGGUGUCUACUGGGAUAACCUACAAAAGAGGAUUAGGGCUACAAGAAGAGAAAAAAAUAAUCACAGGAGGGAGAUUUUUUUAAUUUCCAUUUCAAGAUUUAAAUCUGAAAUUUUAAGAAGUUUAAAUUUUGACUUCAUGUCGACUUUUAUCUCAAAAUUGUACUUUAUUUAAUUUGAAAUUUCAACAUUAUUCACAUUUCUUAACCUCGAAAAUUUCAAUUUUUAAUCUUGAAAUUUCGACUUUAAUCUCCUUCUGUAAUUAUUUUCUUUCUCAUCACGUGGCCCUAAUCCUCUUUCAUAGAUAAACAGAACAAAAUGCAUCAAAUAAAUUGAAAAUAUCACAUAAUGAUGACCCGUCUAAUUCUGCAGAACAUCCACCUGGUUGCCCGCUGGCUGGGCUCACUUGAGAAGCUUCUUGAGCGCUGCUGUGAAGGUAGUCAUCCAGAUUAUAGAGUUUUCAUGAGUGCUGAACCUGCACCAACACCUCAGGAACACAUUAUCCCACAGGUAGAGAUGAAACACACAUGCAGUCAAGUCUUCAUAGACACUGCAGCUUUCUGGGUACCAUUAUGACACUCAUGUUGUAUUACUGCUGUGGUGACUUUUUUCAGGGCAUCCUAGAAAACGCCAUCAAGAUCACAAAUGAACCUCCUACAGGCAUGCAUGCCAAUUUGCAUGCAGCUCUGGAUAACUUUGACCAGGUGGGUAUCUGCUUUCAGCAAAUAAUAUCUUUUUGAUUACUUUUUUACAAACAGAUUCAUUUCUUUGCAGGACAUCUUGGACCAGUGCAGCCGUGAGCAGGAGUUUAAGACCAUCCUCUUCUCCCUCUGUUACUUCCAUGCCUGUGUGGCCGAGCGAAGGAAGUUUGGACCACAGGGUUGGAACCGCAAGUAUCCCUUCAACACAGGAGACCUGACAAUAUCAGUGAACGUCCUCUACAACUAUCUGGAGGCUAAUGCACAGGUAGGAUGUUGUUGAUGUCCUGAAGGGAUGAAAUUCUUAAAGAAGAUGGUCUGGGUUGGAGCUUCAUGUGUGUUUUCAUCGGGGUAGUCAGUGGGAAGUGUGUUGGGGGAUGAAUCUCAUGACGGUUGCAUUAAUUUUCCCAAUGAUUAUGUGAUGAAGGUGCCAUGGGAGGACUUGAGGUAUCUGUUCGGGGAGAUAAUGUAUGGAGGACACAUUACUGAUGACUGGGACAGGAGGCUCUGCAGAACCUACCUGGAAGAAUACAUGCAGCCCAACCAGGUUUGUAUACAGAGGAGGAGACAGAGUAAACUUAGAUCCAAUAUACUUUAGUCAAAUGAAGUUUUGUGUUUGUGUUGUGGGAUGAAAAUCAGCUCAAGAAAUCAGCAGUUGGGAUCAUUUUUGGGUCAGAGACUGCAAAUGAAAACUUGUGGUUUCAAAUUUUGAUGACUUGAAUCAGUAACAAUAUAUUAUUUGUACAAUAGUAGAGAUCUCAAACAUCUACUUUGUGUUGUUUUUUAUUUCCCAGUUUGACCGUAAGCUCGCCUUGACUCCAGGGUUUGUUGUUCCCUCCAACUUGGACUACCAGGUAAUCGCAGAUGGGUAUUGUAUGUGAGAACUUUAACAAAUAUGUACAGAAAAUGUAAGGCAACACAAAACACCUACAGCUUGAUGAAUAUCUGUCACAUUUUAUUUCCCACGAGGACUGUCUUUGUAGAAAAUUAAAGUACUUUUAAGAAAUGGUUCAAUUGUUGUUAAAAUACAUAAAUAAAUGAAUGGCGUUCAUCAUUUUCUUUCCUUAUAUCUCUAGGGUUACCAUGACUUUAUAGAUGAGAUGCUUCCCCAUGAGAGCCCAGUGCAUUAUGGGUUGCACCCUAAUGCAGAAAUUGAGUUCUUGACAGUAACGUCGGAUAGCCUUUUCCACACUUUGCUGGAGCUGCAGUCUCCAGAUGCUGUGAUGGGGGAGGGGGCUUCACAAACCCUGGAGGAGAAGGUAGCGACACAUUAAGAUGUUUAAAUUAUUUCUUCACAGGAUUAGGAUUUUAUUCAUGUUUUUUGACAGGUAUGAAAAGACUGAACCUGUGCCAGACAUCAGAAACACAAAGCACUGACACCACAUGUCCACAUUUUUUCACACAAGCUUUUUAUACCCGUCUACUUUGAUGCGCUAAUUCUCUGGGACAUAAGGUUGCGAAAACUGCAUUGCUUAAUCUGGUUGCUAGGGGAAUUCCCUUCUUAAAUCCUUAUUUUUUUAUGAUUUUGCACUCCUCCAGGUGAAAACUAUUCUAGAUGAGGUGAUUGAGAAGCUUCCAGAGGAGUACAACAUGGCGGACAUCACCUCUAAGACAGCUGAACGCUCCCCGUACAUCCUUGUCUGCUUCCAGGAGUGUGAACGCAUGAACAUGCUCAUCUUUGAAAUACGCCGUUCACUCAAGGAGCUUGAUCUGGGACUCAAGGUAUCCCUAUGAUGCAUUUGGUUGUGAUUUUAUAUUUGCAUAUAGUGCAGCUACAAACAUCUCAACAACACACAUUUUGUUCAUAUAACUUGGUCUGACGACUGACGAGAGAAUGAGACCGUAGUUGGGAGGAUAAUUGGUUUUCUUGUCCCAUAGCAGUGAUGGUGUUAGUAUUAGUGCCGAUCAAAUUAAAGACUGCAUCUCCCAGUACUCCCAUUAUCCUUACCAUUAGCUAUGUGUGCACUUAAAGAAUAAAAAGCCCUCUUCCUGUUUCGCCACAAGGGAACCUCUCAUGGUGCCAAAUUAAUCCAUCCUGCAGAUUUCCUCCUUCUGAUCAGGUGGCGCAUGCUGCUUUGUAAAAGUGUCAGCAGCUGUUAUUUACAGUAAUUACACUCAUGUCCAAAAAUUUGAUGUAUUAAGAGUUUUUUUAUGUUAAGCUAAACAUGUCUGUCAAAGGGUGAACUGGCCAUUUCCUCAGAGAUGGAGAAGCUGCAGACGGCUUUGUUCUUUGACAAUGUCCCCGAUACCUGGACUAAGCUGGCCUACCCGUCCAUCUACAGUCUGGCUAUAUGGUGGGUCUGUGUGUGUGUGUGUGUGUGUGUGUGUGUGUGUGUGUGUGUGUGUGUGUGUGUGUGUGUGUGUGUGUGUGUGUGUGUGUGUGUGUGUGUGUGUGUGUGUGUGUGUGUAAUAUUUCUAAGCGUCUCAAUGUUACAGUGUUCUUUAAACGAUGAGAGAUAAUCUGUUUCUGUAGCGUUUCUAAACUGUUUUGGUCCUUGUGAAUGGAGUUGCUGUGUCCAACAGGUAUAGACAGAUAUAACAGACAACAUACAGUUUGAUCUGACAUACUGAGCAUUGGAUUGACCAUUUCUAUACCACCAAGAUACAGGAUUUGACUACUUUUCGGGACACAUCCCAGACUUGAGACCUGUUAUGAAAGGAUAGUUUGUCCAAUAGGGCGUGUUGAUGUGAUACCAUAUUAUGAGUUGCAGUUCACUUUGUAUGCCUUAGGUGUCAUUGUCUUGUUAUCUGGGGCUCAGGAAGCCUUGUCACUUUUGAGAACAGGUGUUUGGCCUGGAAGGGCAAGAUGUUUUUGACCGCAAUGGUGCUAACUGCCUGCGUUUUUCUUGUUUGUUCAGUGUUUAAUAUCAAUUGCAAAAUGGACAUGGUUAUGUUCAGCGCAAUGAAUUUUUGUUUGCUGCAUUCGAGGAACAGCAUUUGGACUUUUGCUGAUCAUCAAAAAGCACGGUAAAACUCAGUAGCAUGAUGCGUCAACCAGGUUACUCUGAGUCAAGCAUCUCGGUAGCUUAAAGUAUGACUUAACUUCCUACAAUAUUAGUCAAAAACCUGUCCACAACAAUGACAAGGCUACCUUUAUUCCUGAGCCCCAGAUAACAGGACAGCAACACCUAAGGCAUACAAAGUGAACUGCAACUCAUAAUAUGGUAUCACAUCAACAUAUUUGGCUCCUACAGGGGGCAAGAGCCAAGUCCUGAAUCAGUAAAGGUCAAUUUUUUUCAAACAGUGGUUAAGAUAGGAGGAAGGAUGCAUCUGAAGGAAAUUAAUGUACGUCUUUUUACAUGUUCCACAAGAAGAAGAAGAACUUUAUUGAUCCCCGAAGGGAAAUUCAAUAGUCUGUCGUCUCAUUUGUCAUGUUUCUAAAGGUCAUCUACUAUUUACAGAAGAGUUGUAAAGUCUGAUGGCUGUGGGCACAAAAGAAUUUCAAUUUCAAAUGUAAUCUUAAGAAAUGUGUGUGUGCAUGUGUGUGUGUCAGGUAUAAUGAUGUGCUGCAGCGUUGUAAAGAGCUGGACAGCUGGACUCAGGACCUCUCUCUCCCAAGUGUCGUCUGGCUGUCUGGACUUUUCAACCCUCAGUCCUUUCUCACUGGUAAGUCACUCUGUUGCUUGAUUAAAAUGUCACUCUCCUCUUUGUUUCUGUCUUGUGCCCUCUGCUGCCAACUCUUGAUUUGGCCAUAAAGUUUUUGUUUGUUUAAUCAUACCGUCCCUGGGUUUUUCAGCUGUCAUGCAGUCUCUGGCGCGUAAGAACGAGUGGCCUCUGGAUAAAGUGAACCUGACAGUGGAUGUGACAAAGAAGUUUAAGGAAGAGUUCAACCAGCCUGCCAGGGAGGGUGCUUACGUUUAUGGACUUUACAUGGAAGGUGGAUAAGGCUUUUUUAGUUAUAGGUCAAAAUAUUUGCUCUGUGAAUCUUGUCAUAAAUAUGUCUCCUCUUUCUUUUUAAUGGUAAAAAUCCUCAUUUUUUUAAUCUUCAUAUCCGUCCAUUUAAAGGUGCAAGAUGGGACACUCAGACCGGAGUGAUCACUGAGGCCCGUUUAAAGGAACUGACCCCAGCAAUGCCUGUCAUCUCAGUCCGAGCUGUGCCCAAUGACCGCCAGGAGACCAGGAACAUCUACGAGUGUCCGCUCUACAAGACCAAGAUCAGAGGACCCACAUAUGUCUGGACUUUAAGCCUCAAAACCAGGGAGAGGCCAGCCAAGUGGGUGCUGGCAGGAGUUGCCCUGUUGCUUAGUGUGUGAGAAAGACUGGAAAGAAGUGG